AUGUACUCACCACCCACAAUCCGAACAAAGUUCCUCAUAAUCUCAGACACUCACGGACGGGACUCCUCCCUUCAGCACCUGAGCACCGAGCGCGCAGAUGUGGCCAUCCACUGCGGCGACCUAACGACGGACUCGACGCUUGCAGAGUUCCGCUCUUCCAUCGCCCUGCUCUCCAGCCUAAACGCGCCUCUGAAGCUCGUCAUCGCCGGAAAUCAUGACUUCACACUCGAUACGCCAGCAUUUCAAAGAAAGCUCGCCAAAGCACGGCUGCCACUCGACAAAGCACUAGUCGGAGAGAAAUAUGGCGACUUCGGGUACGCUAGAAGCCUCUUCGAGGAUGAGACAGACAACGGGAUCAUAUUCCUUGACCAGGGCACACAUCAUUUCGCUCUGGCGAACGGCGCCUCGUUGACUGUUUACGCCAGUCCAUAUACCCCGUGCUCUUUCCCCGGGAAGAGGGGAUUCGAAUACUCGCGGUUACACGGUCAUAAUUUCGAGUUCGAGCACGUUGAUGUUGCCAUCACGCAUGGUCCGCCAAAGGGGAUCAUGGAUUACACCCUAAAUCGAGAGCGAGCGGGCUGUCCGAGACUAUUCGCCGCGGUGAGGCGAGCGAAACCCCGAAUGCAUUGCUUCGGGCAUAUCCAUGAGCAGUGGGGGGCGAAGCUGGUGACUUGGAAGAAGGGUAGUCCGACGCGAAAGCCCUGCUAUUUCGGGGAUGUGGAUUAUGAGAAUACGUUUGUGAUCGAGAGACGUUUGAACUUGCAAGGAGAGGAAGAGAGCGUGCAGGGGAGGUUUUAUCGGACAAGUCAUUGUACGGGAGAUAGGAGACCACUGAAGUGGGAAGAACAGACGUUGUUUGUUAAUGCGGCAGUUGGGGGGAUAAACGAAGAAAUUCAACCUGCCUGGUUGGUGGAGAUUGAGCUUUUCAAAGCCUUUUAA